AAAUGUUUCAGUAUCACGUUUUGAAUAUCUCCUUUGCCAUCGUCUUGAGACAUGCGCAGUCCGCACUGUUGGCGUCCUGUCAUUUCGUCUAUCAAAAUGUGUUCCUUUCCACUGCAGAGAUCCUCUUGCCCUUCGGAUGCGUUUUUAUAGUGAAGAUGCGGAUAUAAAACGACAACAAAUCGCGUAAACAACGUCGGCUAAAUGCAGUUAACAGUAGUGUCCCCGAAAUAGACUAGUGUGUGACGCGAGAAAUUCGAUAUUAGUGAUGUUCUUUAGUGUGAUUAAGCUUUGCAUUAUGUGUGACAUUAUUUAACGUGUGUGUAGAAUUUUACGACACUACCAUUUCACGAGGAAGCCUCCGAAGUAGUGCUAUCAGUGAGUGAGUGAAUAUAUUGGUCGUUUCUGCUCAAAACGAAUGAUUGCUGUUUAUAUCCUCUGAAGCGUAAAAGUUGUUCAAAAUUUGUAGUUCUAUAUUGCACAUUGAAAAAUAAUAGAAAGUUUACCAUAGUGUACAAUAGCUCAAAAUUGUGUUCCAUCAUUUGCUAUUCCUAGUUCUCUGUGACAGUCGUCCUAAGGGGGAAAGUUUCGUGUAAGUGUAUAGGUGUAGGCGCGCUUAUUUCCUAUACCGUAGGGUUGGUCGGUUCAUGGUUUACUAUUGUGAUAAAACCAGGAAUGCCUAAUACCCCUUAUAUCGUGGUGUGCGUACAGUGAGUCAUGCCGACACAGGAACGUGCGAAAUUGUGAUGUUUUAGCUAUCGGGGGAAUAAAUAUGUAAUGCAAUUUAAUCAACGGAAGCGUAGCGUAAAACUACCUCAGGGGUGUUGUUCAUGGUGCGUCCGAUGCGAGAGGGUUUUAUAUUGACAAGAAGAGUUAAAAGUUCGUGUAUUUUGGAGUGAAUUUACGCGUUUCCAGAUAUUUACUGGAGGAAUUGACUUACAGGACAACGAUUGUACAAAAUCCCUUUCGAUCCCUUUCUUUAUCAGUUUGCGGAAUGUUGUGCAAGAUCAUUAGAUGCCAGUAUUUUCAUGUCAAGAAGCCUAUUCUUCUAAAAGCCUGCAUAGUGAACUGAGUUUGAGUUACCUGCAUCAUUCAACGCAUGGCCCAAAGUUGGUGGACGAACCUCUGGAUGGCUAACGACAACAUUACUAUAAGAAAGGACGGUGGUUGCCGUAGAUGACAACAGGAGCGAUAACCACCUCAAGCCAGAAUUUGGGAAGCAAUCGUAUUAAGACAUCUUUAUGAAAAGACCCCACAACCAGACACAUGCUAUUCUAAACUUCAUCUCAAUAACUGAUACUUGGUGACUCACAGCUCAUCUGUUGAGUUUCGAUUCAACCAGCCCAUGCAAACCAGCACGUCAUGUGGUCCGGUUAUGAUAGGGGCAGUGGGAAGCUUGAUGCUGCCAGCAACAGUCAACAAGAAACUUUGGCCGAUAUCGAGCACAUUUCAACGAUUGCCGGUUCACUCGGCAGCAUCGGGACCAUCUCGCAGUCCGGUGACGGCGAACCAGUUUAUGACACGGACCACACAGACCUCAACUCGGAGUAUGACGAAGUCGAACUGCGCCGGGAACUAAUGAAGGAUGUGAGUAUACACACCAGACUCUUUGGAGAUGAAUGUCGUUAUCGCUGUGGGUUGAGAAGUCGUUGGUGUGCUACCCAAAUUGCAAACUACCCAAACUGUUAACUUACUGAUUCGAUCUGUAAUUCUUGUAUUUCCACAGAAAUGGCAUCAAUUAUUCGAUGCGGUAAGCAUGAACCACCAAAAAACAUGACCGAUCCCUCAUCAUCUUGGGUGCAUUGUCCAAUCCAAUUGCAUUCUUCUCGUUUGCAGUUCGAUCCCGAAGGAUUUGGCGAAAUUCCUGUGGACGAUUUUGUCGCAGCACUCAAAUCACCCGAAUUUCUCGCCAACGUACCGCCUAACAAACGUGACAUACUGUACGAUCGCGCCCUGAAAGCCAAGACCUCCAAGGUAGAAGCGAUCUCUUUUCAAGAUUUUGUGAAUGUGAUGAGCGGCAAGCGUUCACGUAGCUUCAAGUGUGCAGUACAUCAUCGCGAUCGUGAGGUUUGUUCCGAGAACGAUUUUCAUCUGAUAUUUGAGGAUCCACCACUAUUCCGCAGAAUGGUGCACGUAAUUGCAAUGGAAGUGCUCCCCGAGGAGCGGGAUCGGAAAUAUUAUGCAGACAAUUAUUCAUGCUGUCCGCCUCCGUUAUUUGUGAUACUAGUUACAAUCGUCGAGCUCGGGUUCUUCAUCUAUCACUCAGUAACGCUCGGUCCGGCGGAUCCGGCGGGUCCGGUUCCGAUCGAUUCGAUGUUCAUUUAUCGACCAGACAAACGACAGGAAGUGUGGCGAUUUCUAUUCUACAUGGUCCUGCAUGCAGGAUGGUUCCAUCUAGGCUUCAAUCUAAUCAUACAACUCCUCGUUGGGCUACCAUUAGAGAUGGUACACGGAUCAGCAAGGAUAGGUUGUGUUUAUCUAGCGGGUGUACUAGCCGGUUCGUUAGGUACGAGUGUAUUCGAUCCGGAAGUAUAUCUCGUAGGAGCGAGUGGGGGUGUGUAUGCCCUUCUCGCUGCUCACUUAGCCAAUGUAAUGCUAAAUUACCGCAAUAUGCAGUAUGGCAUUCUACGGUUACUAGCAAUAUUUCUAUUUGCAUCCUGUGAUGUAGGUUUCGCCAUCUAUUCCCGAUAUUCGGUGGAACCGGCCAGUGGGGCACCUUCGGUAUCGUACGUGGCGCAUCUAACGGGUGCCCUGGCUGGGCUCACGAUCGGGCUGCUGGUGCUGAAAAACUUCGAACAGAAGUUGCACGAGCAGCUACUAUGGUGGGUGGCGCUCGGUGUUUAUGCCGCCUGUACCAUCUUCGCCAUCGUGUUCAACCUGCUCAACACGGUAACGGUCCAGAGGCUCGAGGAGGAAAGUGAAGAGGUAUUCAAACAACAUCUAUUCACCAACUUCGGGUUCUAGUGUGCGUUGGUGUUGGUGGACCAAAAAACAAACGUCUGGACCUCUUCCUCUAAGGUUAGGAUCACGAGAGGAUCCCCCAUUCCUUCCAUAUCCAAGUGUCACGCGGAUUCGGGCACUGGGGUACACAAACAAACACACGACCGAACGUGCGUUCUAAACGCCACCACCUACCGUUCCCACCUGUGCUUCGCAUCGUCGUAAAACGAGAAUAUUGUCCACGGUCGAUGACAACACUCACCACCAGGAUUGUCCAGGAAUGGCCAGGAAAGUAAAACACGAAACAAAAAUCCCCUCCCCAACCACACCUUAUUCGAAGCCAGCCAACCUCUUCCGCAAAGGGAUGAUUCGGAGGGUGAUAAGACUUUAGCGUGCAUAAGUAUGCUGUAACCUACAGAACAAAAAAAAACGUCCAAAGAGUCACUUGUGUGCGUGCGUGCGUGUGUGAAGCAGCUGAGGAAACAAACAAAAAAAAACGGGAAACUACUCUCCCUUUGCCUUUAACGAGAAAAUUGGGGGGCCACUAGAGAGGAGGUGUGUAGGUGGUCAAAAACACACGGGUAUCAUACGGCUUUGCGACACACACUCGCACGUUAUUUACACACACGUACAACACACGUUUCUAUCUCUCCGGCAUUAUUCGGACAACAAUGGAAAACUCAACACCUCAGCGUAAACACUGCAAUUGAAGGAAGGAAGUUGUUGCGUACUAAAUGUGAUUGUACAUAGACUUUAUAUUUUAAUCGAUAAAUCUACGGCCAGCAACGGGAGGACGAAUCAUCUCACAACUCUCACAACCACUGACCGAUCAUCCUUUCUGUUCGAGCAGCAGUAUGUUGUGUGUGUGUGCGCGUGCGUUUUAAAGGGAAAUUGCGCCUAAAGGACGAACAAAAUGACCGCGCGAUAUAUGAGAAUGAUAAAGGAUAAGGAUUUGUUCGCAAAUAAUCUUUCUCGAUCCUAAUGAAAUCCAAACUAAAACAUACCAGUAUACCAAAGACUGCGCAGGGAGCAGAGAACCAAGAUGGAGAUCCCCUCUGUCCAACGUUAUUUCUCCCUGUUUUUUUGUACUCCCGGACACACACACACCUCUGCAGCACACCCUCAUUCGCUGCUGCUGACGAAGACCGGGCAAUGGUUCGUUCGUUUCGCACCGUUUUCAUCCGCCAAUCAAUCAGCGAGCAAAUAGAAGUUUUAUACACAUGCUCGUACAUCAUCAUUUUGAGUUCCUUUUUUUCCACUGUAACCACUAACUGCCAAACGAAAUGCAAAGUUCGAAACUGGAGAGAGUGAUGGUUUUUAAGCCCUUGCGGAAAGUUACCCGGGCCCGGGUAAAGGAGACACGGCAAAGAAAGGUGAUGACGAUGUGGUGAAUGAUGUGAUGGACUGCAACUGCCGUAAACGCGCGUCGGUACGGUGCACAUCAACACACACACAUACACACAAUCAAUCGAGCCUCCGUCCGUGACAGCGAUAUGUAGCAGAAGAACAAACAACACACAACACUGCCGAAGGAGUGAAACAUUAAAAACCGCGCGCAGCCUUCACCUGUUUUUUUUUGUGUUAGAUAGGUUAGCCAGAAAGCCAAAUGUAAGAGAAACCAAUACCAUAAAUACAAUGUGCGCGGUGUGCGCAAGAAGCAGGGUAGAAAAGGGUUGGUCCGGAAUAAAUGAAGGUAUUGUAAAGGAUGCGCCACCCAGGGCCACCCAGAAUUCUUGAACUCUCUGUGAAACAAAAAAAAAGACACCAACUAGCUCGCAAUACGCCAGCCAGUGUGUGUGUUGCGUGUGUCACGUGAACAUUAUUUAUUAUGAAAUAAAAAUUGACUCUUUUAAGAGGCUGCUUGUUUACUAACGACCCCUUAGUAAGCUGCUGUGGUAAUAUCGUUUGCCCGAGUGAGUAUAGGUGUUGAGUGUUGAAUGGACAGGAAUUUCAGUGGUGCUGGUAAAAGGCGACCAAAUGGAAACAAUUGUUUUUUUGUUUCUUGGGCAUCGUCGCGUGUCGCUGGGGUGGUGUCUCGUAAUAAUCCUAAAGGAGUGAACUAAAGACUAAUCCGCAGAGAGAAAAAGAGAGAGAUGAAGAUUAGCGAAAGAAGGCGAGUCGGAAGUGCUGGUGUUAGGCAAAUGAAAAAAAAAACCGAAAUGAAACGAUAAGAUAAUAUUCAAUAAUACGGAAAAAAUCACCAAGUCUAGUCAAAUCUCUACGGAAAUAUUCUAAUUAUUGUAUUGUAUUCUAAUUAUUAUUAUUAUUAUUAUUAUUAUAUUAUUAUUAUUACUAUAAUUAAAUUACACUAACUUAACUGAGCUCUUUUGCUUUUCCAUACACGAAAAGAGAGCGUCGAAAAGAAAAGAAAAAAGCAAACCGAACAGCAACGCGUAUGUAUAGGAAGGGAGAAGAGAAAAAAAACACUCAAAUAUAUAACACGGCAAGCAAAUAAAUCAAAACAAACGUAUUAUCAUUGCAAAUCAGACUGCGCCAUCCACCCUUCUCCUCAAUACCAGCUCCACCCUAGUGGAGGAAUGGAAACAAUUCGAAAAUAAUUUCUAAUCCCUUUUUUUAUGAAAAAAAAACCCCGAUGUGAUGGUGGAAGUGGAUCGAUGGCAUUUGAUAGUUGAAGCCGUUAAAGAAGCGAACAACAGGCAAUUAAGUAACGUGUACGAUCAAUUCUCUCCCCCGUUUUUUGAACUGUGAACAUCACACACGGAAGCAAGAAGAUGACUAGAACACCACACACCGCUGAACAUAACCGAUUCAUGUCAUUACUUAACAAACAGCAACAAAAAAAAAGGAAAA